AAAAAAGGAAGCAUCGGUCGCUCAAACGCAAGCACAAAAACGGAUUUUGUCUUUGGAUUUCUUAGGCUGAGAUGGCAUCGGUGAGCGACUCGCGCUUUCUGCAGCAGCCCACUCAGAAGGAUGCAGCGGACCAAAACUUUGAUUACAUGUUCAAACUCCUCAUCAUCGGUAACAGCAGUGUGGGCAAAACCAGUUUCCUGUUCCGCUAUGCCGACGACUCUUUCACCCCAGCCUUCGUCAGCACUGUCGGCAUCGAUUUCAAGGUCAAAACGGUCUUUCGGAACAACAAGCGCAUCAAGCUACAGAUCUGGGACACGGCAGGACAAGAGCGCUACCGUACCAUCACUACAGCCUAUUACAGAGGAGCCAUGGGCUUCCUGCUCAUGUACGACAUCACGAACCACGACUCCUUUAAUGCGGUGCAAGACUGGGCUACCCAAAUUAAGACAUACUCAUGGGACAAUGCACAGGUAAUCCUUGUGGGAAACAAGUGCGACAUGGAGGACGACAGACUCAUUCCAACCGAAGACAGCCAGAGACUUGCUGAGGAACUAGGAUUCCAGUUUUUCGAAGCCAGCGCCAAAGACAACAUCAAUGUGAAGCAGGUGUUUGAGCGCUUGGUGGAUGUUAUCUGUGAGAAGAUGAAUCAAGCCAUGGAGGGAGAUGAUGGUGCACUCACCAACCACAAAGACCCCAACCUACAGGAGUCUCCCAUGGGACAGACCAGCUGUGCCUGCUAAGAGACCACCCCAUUCUUACCUAUGCUCCACCUUCUACACUGCACCCUUACCCCCAAUACCCAUCUCUGCACACUGGAUAAGGCAGCUUGGAGCCUGGAGCUAAACUCUGCAGACGCAGACAGAUGUUUGGUUUGGGAUACAGUUUUAGGCCUUCUUUAGUUUCAAGAGAAUUGUGAGCUCACUAUACACAAGAGGAGUCCGUGUUUCACGAAAUUACUGUUUCCACAAAACUAAUACACUGUAACUGCUUUCAUUUGUUAAAACAAGUUAUGACAUGGGAGUAGUCUACACAGCAGUCAGUAUGCAUUUUUGAUGAAUAUGUUCACCAAGUGAAUCUCCCCCAUGGAUUCACUUGGUGAAAAUGACAAAUGAGGACACAGCAAAUGGAAGGCAAGAGAUUCUUAAUUUCCUUUCAACUCGAACUGCAGGAGGUACCCCCCGCAACUCAUGAACAAAUUCAAACCACAAAACAUCUACACCAGGCCAAGAUAUGCAGCAGCUGGUAGAGGUUAGAGAUAAGCAUCUGCAUAGUCACUCCCAUGCAUUCCCCCAAGCCAUCCUUCCUCAGCCACCCAUCUCCCGGCCAGCUCCCCCACUCCCAGGUGAAUAUGCACCAGCUGUGGAGAACAGUGGUUUAGCAGUCUUCAGCUGUCAUUGCCACUGUGCUGACCAGUGUACUGUGACUGUCUGUGUUUAGCCUUAGACACUGCAAAUGCUUUGGUGUUCAGGUACACAUGCUAGUGCUAGAGAGUGUAAAUGGUUUAACUGUACACAAUGUAAGUCAAUAGGAAGUAACAGAAAAAUGAUUAGAUUUUUCACAUCAAAUAAUUUACUUGAUAAACAUAAUUUGAUGUGGAACAAAAUAUUUUCCUAAUUGGAAUGGUUUAAGUAUUUAUGCUCAAAUGCACAAGUUUUCCUAAUGGUAUAACUCAUAAUAGGCUAUGGUUACAUAACCGUUAAGUCACUGUUCUGAACCCAUUACUCUGACACUGUAACUUUUCUUGCUGUUCAACAUUUCUAAUCAAGCUCACUGCUGUAUUUAAUUCUAUUCACAGUGUACUUGUCUUGUUGAUUAAUUAUAAAAACCAAGUUCAGUAUAACAAACACUUUGGUAUGCUCUAACAUGACCAGAGGUCUGACCCUGUUUUGAGUGGGCAUGUUCUGUUUAGACCAACAGUGCAGUUGCCCUGUAGUGUCUAAGAGAGGUCUGUAUGCUAGAAGCUACUUGCUAAAGGUUACAUGUGAAAAUUGGGGUGGGAGGGGAUAAGACAAGGUCAUGUGUCAACCUCUUUGUUCUUGUAAAUCUCGGAGGGCCUCCCUUUCCUCUUCCUUCCAAUUUUCCACAUUUCUUACCACUGUUCUUUGACCUGUGUACAGCACAAUAGCACAGAGGCACAUGUUUCAAACUUUCAUUAAUGUGCAAAGCUGUAGUGUUCCUGGUUUGUGGGUUUUGCAUUCAGACACCUGAAUGCUCUCUGAAAUAUGCAUCCUGCAGUGUAAAUUGACCCAGCCUGUAGACAUCUUUACAUUUGUAUUGAACUCUUUUGGCUAGAGCAAGCUUAUCAGUUCAGAAAGAGGUACAGAUACAGCUAUAGCCUGUAGCAAAACAGAUCUGUGUUGUAUAGUGCUCCCUGAUUGUGAGGACACUUGUAUGGCCUAAAUUAAACCCCCAUUUCACCCUGGUCAGAGUGAUUAGACAGAAGCUAGAGAACACACGCAGUUCAGCCUCCACCCCUUUCCUUUUUGUCUGUGAUAUACAGUGCCAACUGUCUGCUUGGUUCAUUUGGCCUUUGGCUGGAUGUGUCUGAAUAUCCCAUGUACACUGUGUCAAAUAAAGCCCCUUCUGGUGCCCAUACAAGAUGUAAGAAACGUGAUCCACUUUUUUAACACUAGUCAUUUGGUCUUGUACCUUACCAGUUUGCACACUUUCUUUUCUCUUCAUGUAGUAACAUUCUUAGUACUGCUUAAAUAUAGUUGCAUACAUAAAGAAGCAGCAUGUAUUUUAUGCAGUGACUGUGUUUGCUCAUGUAAUCUGUAAGCACGGGUUGUCCGUGUAGUAUUGAAGGCUGUGUUGAAGAUUCUUUGUCUUAAUUGUGGUCUCCUAGUACGACACAACACGUGUUCUUGAAGCAUUGCAAUAACUGCUAGGAGUGUGCUGACGAGGAAACUACUGCAUGAGAGCACCUUUCUGACUCAUACUCAAAGUUUUAAACAAGACUGUUGUAUUUCUGGCCUGGAAUAUUUUAAAGAAAUAUAGAAUUAAAUGUAUGCACUGUUUACA